CGGAGUUGCUGCCCUGGAGCAGUUGCCGCUCGGGCUGCCGGUGAGGAGGGAGGCUUAGGGCACGGGGCUGUGUUUCGAGGGGGAUGCUGAGAAAGCCAUCCCCUCCUGUAGCGCAUUGCCUAGGCGUUCCUAUUAUGGAAGUUAAGUGAGAAACUCCGCAGCUUGAACUGAUUUGGUGGAGACAGAAGGAGAGAGAAAGGGCUAGGGGGAGGGAGAGAGGAAAGGAAAAUAGCCAAAGCAAGCCAAUGAUUUUCCUGCAAAGUGCCGGGAAGUUUUCGGAACACUUUCUAGGAAUCAGGUCCUUUCUCAAAGUCUCGUCGUGUCUUCCGGAGAAAGAGCUUGCUUUUGGAUUGCCAUGGAGCCUAAAGAGAGGCUUAGACACACUUGAGUAAUUCCUCCGCUUGGGCUGGAUUGGUGGGAAUUUAGGAAGGAGUGUGUGCAAAGCAGAAAAGCCUUCGGAGCUCGCGCUCUGCUCUAAUCUGGAUGGAUCUAAAAGUGUCAUAUUCAAGACCUUUCCAUCUGUAGCUUUUGAUUUCAAGGUUUCCCUUUCCGCUGUAAUUAGCUGCUAGGAAACUGAAAACUUUUGGACCUACCUCUUACUGCUUUUGGAUACUUUUGGGGGAUCUCUCUGGAAUUGGUCUCGCAAGCGAUCUGGAUUGCUUUUAAUAUGUCAAAAUGGGUCUGCUGACGCCACUCCUGCUCUUUGGAUUUGCAUUUUUCCAAGUCUAUGGAUCUCGCCUUCGCCAGGAGGACUUCCCACCGCGGAUCGUUGAGCAUCCUUCAGAUGUGAUAGUGUCUAAAGGAGAGCCAACAACGCUGAACUGCAAAGCUGAGGGACGGCCAACCCCCACCAUUGAGUGGUACAAGGAUGGUGAGCGAGUGGAGACUGACAAAGACGAUCCGCGCUCCCACCGCAUGCUGCUGCCCAGCGGAUCUCUGUUUUUCUUGCGCAUUGUGCAUGGACGCAGGAGUAAACCUGAUGAAGGAAGUUAUGUUUGCGUAGCAAGGAACUAUCUUGGAGAAGCUGUGAGUCGCAAUGCAUCUCUGGAAGUGGCAUUGCUACGGGAUGACUUCCGCCAAAACCCUACAGAUGUUGUGGUGGCAGCUGGAGAGCCUGCCAUUCUUGAAUGCCAGCCACCUCGUGGACAUCCUGAGCCUACCAUCUACUGGAAGAAAGAUAAAGUCCGCAUUGAUGACAGGGAAGAGCGAAUCAGUAUACGUGGUGGAAAGCUGAUGAUCUCCAAUACAAGAAAAAGUGACGCUGGCAUGUACACUUGUGUUGGAACCAACAUGGUGGGGGAGCGAGACAGCGAUCCAGCAGAGCUGACUGUCUUUGAGCGGCCCACGUUUCUCCGGAGACCGAUUAACCAGGUGGUGCUGGAGGAGGAGGCAGUGGAGUUCCGGUGCCAGGUGCAGGGCGACCCACAGCCCACCGUCCGGUGGAAGAAAGACGAUGCAGAUUUGCCGAGAGGCAGGUAUGACAUCAAAGAUGACUAUACUUUGCGCAUUAAGAAGGCCAUGAGCACAGAUGAAGGAACCUACACAUGCAUUGCUGAGAAUCGAGUUGGGAAAGUGGAAGCCUCUGCUACCCUCACUGUCCGAGCUCGCCCCGUUGCUCCCCCACAGUUUGUGGUGAGACCACGAGACCAGAUUGUAGCCCAGGGUCGAACAGUGACUUUUCCUUGUGAAACUAAAGGAAAUCCCCAGCCAGCUGUUUUUUGGCAAAAAGAAGGAAGCCAGAAUCUACUCUUUCCAAACCAGCCUCUCCAACCCAACAGUAGGUACUCAGUAUCACCAUCAGGAGACCUCACUAUUUCCAACAUUCAGCGGUCUGAUGCAGGCUACUACAUUUGUCAAGCGCUGACGGUUGCUGGAAGCAUUUUAGCAAAGGCUCAGCUGGAAGUUACUGAUGUUUUGACAGAUAGGCCUCCACCCAUCAUCCUCCAGGGGCCAGUCAAUCAGACAUUGGCUGUGGAUGGGACAGCUUUGCUGAAGUGCAAGGCUACCGGCGACCCACUUCCUGUUAUUAGCUGGUUGAAAGAAGGAUUCACCUUCCUGGGCAGAGAUCCUAGAACAUCCAUACAGGAUCAGGGGACCCUUCAGAUUAAAACUCUGCGGCUGUCUGAUACUGGAACUUACACUUGUGUUGCCACAAGUUCAAGUGGGGAGACAUCUUGGAGUGCUGUGCUAGAGGUGACAGAGUCUGGCGGAGCAACUGUUAGCAAAAAUUACGAUAUAAAUGACCUCCCUGGGCCACCAUCCAAACCUCAGGUCACUGAUGUUACUAAGAACAGUGUCACUCUGUCCUGGCAACUGGGCACCCCUGGAAGCCUACCAGCUAGUGCUUAUAUCAUUGAGGCUUUCAGUCAAUCUGUGAGCAAUAGUUGGCAAACAGUGGCUAACCACGUCAAGACUACCCUCUACACUGUGAGAGGACUGCGCCCCAAUACCAUCUACCUGUUUAUGGUGAGAGCUAUCAAUUCACAAGGUCUGAGUGAUCCCAGCCCUAUGUCAGAUCCUGUCCGAACACAAGAUAUCAGCCCACCAGCACAAGGUGUGGAUCACAGGCAAGUCCAGAAAGAACUGGGAGACGUCAUUGUACGACUGCAUAAUCCUGUUGUGCUGACACCCACAACAGUUCAAGUCACCUGGACAGUUGAUCGCCAGUCCCAGUUUAUUCAGGGCUAUCGAGUAAUGUAUCGCCAAACAUCUGGCCUGCCUUCUCCAGCUAUCUGGCAGAAUUUGGAGGUCAAAGUCCCAACUGAGCGCAGCGCUGUCUUGGUCAACUUGAAAAAAGGGGUCACUUAUGAAAUUAAAGUUCGCCCUUAUUUCAACGAAUUCCAAGGCAUGGACAGUGAAUCAAAGUCUGCCCGUACCACUGAAGAAGCUCCAAGUGCCCCUCCUCAGUCUGUUACUGUCCUGACAGUUGGAAACCACAACAGCACAAGCAUCAGCAUCUCGUGGGAUCCUCCCCCUCCAGAUCACCAAAAUGGAGUCAUCCAGGAGUAUAAGAUCUGGUGCCUAGGUAAUGAGACUCGAUUUCAUAUCAACAAAACAGUAGAUGCAGCCAUUCGCUCUGUAGUAAUAGGUGGCCUAUAUCCAGGCAUUCAAUACCGCGUGGAAGUUGCUGCAAGCACCAGUGCAGGUGUGGGAGUAAAAAGUGAGCCACAACCCAUAAUAAUUGGAGGUCGUAAUGAAGUUGUCAUCACUGAAAAUAACAACAGCAUAACUGAGCAAAUCACUGAUGUUGUCAAACAGCCUGCCUUUAUAGCUGGCAUCGGUGGUGCAUGUUGGGUAAUUCUGAUGGGUUUCAGCAUCUGGCUGUACUGGCGCAGAAAGAAGAGGAAGGGACUCAGCAAUUAUGCUGUCACUUUCCAAAGAGGAGAUGGAGGACUAAUGAGCAAUGGAAGUCGACCAGGUCUGUUGAAUGCAAGUGACCCCAGUUAUCCUUGGCUUGCAGACUCUUGGCCUGCCACAAGUCUGCCGGUAAACAACAGCACUAGCGGACCCAAUGACCUUGGAAAUUUUGGUCGUGGAGAUGUGCUGCCACCAGUGCCAGGGCAAGGAGAUAAAACUGCUACUAUGCUUUCGGAUGGAGCCAUUUACAGCAGCAUUGACUUCACCACCAAAACUAGUUACAACAGUUCCAGCCAGAUAACGCAAGCUACGCCAUAUGCCACCACGCAGAUACUGCAUUCCAACAGCAUCCAUGAGUUGGCAGUCGACUUACCUGAUCCACAGUGGAAAAGCUCAAUUCAGCAAAAAAAUGACCUGAUGGGAUUUGGCUACUCUCUCCCAGACCAAGGCAAAGGCAACAACGGUGGAAAAGGAGGGAAAAAGAAGAAAAGCAAAAAUACUGCCAAGCCUCAGAAAAAUAAUGGUUCAAACUGGGCCAGUGUUCCCCUCCCACCUCCUCCUGUGCAGCCGCUUCCAGGCACAGAGCUGGAACACUAUGGGGUGGAUCAGCAAGAAGCAGGAUAUGACAGUGAUGAUUGGUGUCCGCCUUUGCCAGUUCAGACCUAUUUACAUCAGGGCAUGGAGGAUGAGCUUGAAGAAGACGAUGACCGUGUUCCCACACCUCCUGUCCGAGGGGUAGCUUCGUCGCCUGCAAUCUCCUUUGGGCAACAGUCAACUGCAACUCUCACGCCUUCUCCACGAGAGGAGAUGCAGCCAAUGCUUCAAGCCCACCUUGAUGAAUUAACUAGGGCCUACCAGUUUGAUAUAGCAAAGCAGACAUGGCACAUCCAAAGCAAUACACAGCCUCCUCAGGCUCCAGUUCCACCCCUAGGAUAUGUAUCUGGAAACAUUAUUUCUGAUUUGGAAACAGAUGUUCCAGAUGAUGAUGAGGACGAUAUUGAAGAGGAAGCUGUAGAAAUCACUAGGCCACUAAGAGGUCUAGAGCAUACUCCAGGCUCCAGUAUGGACAAUCUAGACAGCUCUGUGACAGGUUCAAUGGUAAAUGGAUGGGGUUCUGCGUCUGAUGAGGACCGUAACUUUUCUAGUCAUAGAUCUAGUGUAGGUAGCUCCUCAGAUGACUCGAUCUUUACCAGCGGCAGUUUUGCACAAGCACUGGUUGCAGCAGCAGAUAAAGCUGGUUUUAGGCUGGAUGGAACCAGCCUGACAAGAACAGGCAAAGCAUACCCUUCCUCUCAGAGACCUCGACCAAGCAGUCCAUUUUCUACUGACAGCAACACCAGUGCAGCUGUCAAUCAGAGUCAAAGGCCUAGGCCUACUAAAAAACACAAGGGAGGCCGAUUGGACCAACCCCCCUUGCCUCAUCGCAGAGAGGGAAUAACAGACGAUCUUCCACCACCACCCGACCCGCCCCCUGGUCAGGGUUUAAGGCAGCAAAUAGGCCCUGGCCAACGUGGAGGCUCGGCAGAGAGGAAAGGAAGCUCUCUUGAGAGGCAGCAAACAUCGAACGUAGAUGAAACAAAGAGCUCCUUGGAUCGUCAAGCUAGAACAUCAUUAGAGUGGCAGCGACAAACCCAGGAAUGGAUAAGCUCUACAGAACGGCCAGAAGAUAUAAGGAAAGCCCAACACAAACAAGCGUUCGGAUCAGAAGAGGCACUGGUACCUUAUAGUAAACCCAACUUCCCAUCCCCUGGUGGCCACAGCUCUUCAGGAACAGCUUCUUCUAAAGGAUCGACCGGACCUAGAAAAGGUGAAGUCUUGCGAGGAGGUCACCAACGCAAUGCCAGUGACCUUCUUGAUGUGGGCUAUGUGGGAUCAAACAGUCAAGGACAGUUUACUGGUGAAUUAUAGUAGUUGAGAAGACACAUUGCAAGCUGCUCUGAUGGACCAUCAGGUCUGAACUCAUGGAAGUGAUGACACUAAACAGUGCAAUGAACAUUUUCUUUAUUUAUGUACUAUUAAAAGAACUGUAAAUGCAAUGUAAAGACACACAGCCACACAUAUCCCACAGAUACUUUACUUGUGUUCUUCUCUUUAAUACACCAUCCACCUUAAACUAUUCCUUGUCAGGAGUAUAUAGAAAAGAAAGAAAAAAAAUCACCCUUCAGGAUGAAAAGAAUUUCCUUCUGUAUAUAAUUUCUUUUGUUGCAUUGCUAUGCAAGCUCACCUUCUUUUUAGCUAUGUUCAUAUUCAUGUCUGUUUUUAUUGGUCUGUUGUACUAUAUGUGAAUUAAUAGGCUGUGGUGCCAUAUAUUAACUUUUAAUUGUGUAACUUUUAUGUUUAAAGUUUGCACUGCAAUUUUAUUUGGUGAUAAGCACAAAACUCUACUCCUCAUGACAUGAAGAAAAAAAGGAGACUGAAUGUGUGAAGAACGUUUAUGUACUGUAAGCCACUUUGGAUAAUGCUGGAUGUAAUGGAAUAUAUUAGGUGGUUUUCCAUUGGGGUGUAGAACUGAGAAAGUGACAGGCAACACUGAUGUCAAUGAAGACAUCAGAGACAGACUUAAAUCUUUUAAAAGCAAAUUACAUGAUUGUUUUUCCUAUUUAAGAUGAAGUCAGAAGUUGGAAGUGUGGUUUAAAGAGUGAAUAUGAAAAUUAAAGGUAGCGUAAGAUGGACUUGACCCUUUCACUAGAAUGAUAAGCUUCUCCACCCUUAGUAUCUGUUUUUAACCAUGCAAUGCCAUUGAGUAAAGGGGAAGAAAAAAAAAACCUUGCUACAAACAAAAUAAAUUAAGGUGUUUCACUAAAGCUGUUUUUUAUAUUGCAGUUUUGACAGAAUUACUGUAAUUAAUUAAUUUCUGUAACCCAAAAUAUGAGACAAGAGUUCUCCCAGAAGAAGCAAACAACAUAAACUCAAGGAAUACCUAGUAAGUAGUGAAGGAUGCAAUUUGUUAUUGAGACAUGUUCAGGCUGCUUCCAGAAAAAUGAAAUAUGUCAGAGUAUCAUAUUUCAUCUUUCCAAUACAUGUACAGUACAAUAGAGGAUAGAGCUGCACCACUGAAAUUCAUGACAUUAAUUGUUUUGAUGAAGUCUUGACAAACCUUUGUGUUCUGUUACCUGAAGUCUGCAAGAGCUGAAGUUGAAUCCACUAAAUUUGUAGUAAAAUGUUUAGUGUUUGAGAGGAAAACAAUGGUCAAAUUAUUUUCAGUUUGCAUUAAGUACAUUUCUUGCAAUGCAAUACAUCCAAAAAAUUGGAUGCAAGCAAAGAAAAUUUUUGACCUGUUUUUUAGCGAGUGGUUUUAAACCCUACUAUAAUGAGGAAAUAGCGCAUGUUUAUACAGUUUUUGAAUAAACCGAACUCUGUAAGUGGACAUUAAUAACAGCAUCCUGUCUCAUCAUUAGUUUUCAUGAUUUUGUCCAGAUCUUCUGUACCUCCCAAAUCCCAAUGAGUAAAUUGUCAAAGAUUUUGUAGAAUAUAUAUGUGGAUAGCCCACUCAUUUGAUACUUAAUUUAAAUAUUGCAACCUGCAGCUUGUUUCUGUUAGUUAUCAGACCACGAGCACAAGUUUUCAUUUGAAUACCCUUUUCAUAUAACCAGUCUAUGUUGUUUUGUAUAUUGCCUUGGAGCUCACCAGUAUUAAGAACACUUUUAGUAAUGGCAGAGUCUUAGAAAAGUAAAUUACAAUGCUAAAUAUAUGUUGCUUUUCAUUUCAUUAGCUUGUUCCAUGAUAAGAUAAAACACUACAGCCGUCAUCUAUAACUCAGCACUAUUGCAUAUCAAAAAAUGCUAGUUAACUUCCUUAAGGUCAAGAUUGUUAUUUAGCAGGUGACAAACCCAAAAAGUCAAGAAAAGAUGUAUGAAUUUGUUUAUGUAUGUGCUCAAUGAAUAUAUGUGCAAUUUUCCUGCUUAUUAAAUCCUUAUAGUUAAAACCAUUACUUGAAAAUGUGCAAAAAUGUUCAAGCAAGAUA